AUGAAAGAAGUCAAGCACCACAAACAGCAAAGUCUUUGCCAAACCAGGCCUGCUUACAGACAAGGCCGGCGACUUACUGCUGUGAAAACUUACACCAUCGCGAACGAAUCGCGACAUUUAUUCGUCUACGGUGUCCCUAAAAUCGAUCUUUUCAGCGAACUCAAAGCCCUCUGUGCCAAACAGGGGAAGUUAGCAAAGUUUCAUCUAGUCGCAGACCACAAAACUGAAAUUUUCACCGAAUGUUUCCACGUGGUCUACGACAAGUUUGAAGUGGCAAGGAAGGCCAAAAGACUGCUUGAUAAUAAGUCGUUCUAUGGAGGGAUCCUCCACGUGUGCUACGCCCCCGAGUACGAAUCUGUGGACGAAACUAGGGCCAAGUUGUUGUUAAGGAGGCAAAGUAUUUUAGAUUAUAAAGGAUAAGUUAUUAUUUUCAA